GAGGCUCUGAAGACUAUGACCUCGAGCGCUCGACGAGAAGCGACGACACGACGCUCCCCUGAGUAUGAACGGAGGGAAACUAGGGCGGAUAGGUACGGGGACGACUGGAGAGAGAGUUCACGAGAUUCCUAUUGGAGGGACAGAGACAGGGAUAGAGCAACGUCCCGGAGUGUCUUCGACCCCCCAGACGGGGGAGUCACAUCCGCUCCCAUACGAGAGCAAGGAUCGCUAUAUUAUUACGCACAAGGCCUAUGAACCUUCUACUUUCAGGGGCUAUGGUAUCACAGAAUAUCUGGAGAAGUGGGAGCUUCAUGCUAGCCGGAGUCAGUGGUCGGAGGAAGAGAUUAUAGAAAACUUCCUAUUUAACAUGGAUCCAAGUCUCGACAAGGAAGUUAAGGAAGCCCGACCGAAGGAUGGAAAAUGGACUACGUAUAAGAAGAACCUCAUUGAGCUUUACAAAUUAGAGGAUAACAAGUAUUCCAUCAAGGACCUUGAGACUAUGACUCAAGAUGAAGAUGAGAGCGUACAAGCAUUUAGGAUGCGUUUCCAGAAGAUCUCCGACGUGCUAAUGGAGAAGGGAAAGAUCUCAGAGGUCGAGCGCUAUACUAUUUUUAUUGGACACCUGUCCAAAGGGAGACAAAAGAGUAUACUUAGAGAUCUCCCGCACGACAAGCUUGACUUCUCUGAAGUCCUAAAGGUCGCGAUAAAGGCAGAGGAAGACGACUACAAGGACUUGGUAUGGAGAGGAAUGAGGAGGCGAAACUUCUCUCUCUAUAAAGAGUAUGCCACUGAUAGAUGCCCUGAUUUCAAGGACUAUCCCUGGUCGGAAAAGAAUGAAGCGGUAGCUGAGGAAGUGAAGGAGAUAAGGGACAUGGUAAAGGGAUUGACAAGGCAGAUGGGGGUAGAGGCGACUCUCGAGGCCGGUGGGAGUCAGAUCAGGGCCGGCGAGAUGGAUACAGGGACGACAGAUAUGAGAGAUCGGACCGAGAUGGACAUAGGGACGGCAGAUAUGAGAGAUCGGACCGAAAUGGAUAUAGGGACGACAAAUAUGAGAGAUCGGACCGAAAUGGAUAUAGGGACGACAGAUAUGAGAGGUCGAAUCGAGAUGGAUACAGGGGUGGCAGGUAUGAGAGAGGAGAUCGAGACGGAGACCGACGAGAUGACUCGCGCGGACGAUAUGGCCGCGGGGGAUUCGCAAGGGCGCAACGUGACGAUUCGCGGGGGUAGUACGACCGAGGAGAUCGCCGCGAUGAGUUGCUCAUACGAUACAACCAUGGGGAUCGCCGGAAUGACUCACGGGAACGAUAUGAACCCCAGAGCAGCGAGGGGUUCGACCUCGAGGAGCGCAGACGAGAGGCCACCCACUCUUAAGAACUCUUGCGUCUACUGUAGAGGGGAUGAUCAUAUCAAGAGAGACUGCCCGGAUCUCAAACGGGCAAUAGAUGAGGGACUUGUCAUGCUUGAUGACCGCAAGUACGUCAAGUGGGCAGAUGAUCUGGGAGACGUAUCGAUGUUCCCUUCGAUGAAGGAGAAUGUAGAAGCAAGGAGAGUAAAAAAGAGUAAAGGAAAGGGGCCGGUUAGGAGCCAGAGCAUCAAGAUAACUUUCGACGGAGAUAUGGCAACUACACACAUAAGGGUGGCAGCUACCAAGUCAGCGCAAGGCUCUACAUCGAGGAAGACUGACACGGAUUACUUGAUGGCAGAGAAGGACAGACAGCGGAUCGAUGGAGAGGAGGUUAUUCUUUCACCACGAAAGUGGAGAGUGAAGAAGUUCUUGAUGAAGAGUUCGCUGGAUGAUAUUAACACGGUCGAGCCACUGAGAUGGGCCCUUCGGCAGCCCGUGCAGUGCUCUAUUCUGGAAUAUCUGGCAGCAUCCAAGCCGACUCUCGACGAGUUACAGAUGAUCAUGCAGAAGACUCGCAUACCUCUAUCGGAGGAGAUUUGGGUGACCCCUAAGGCGGAAGCUCCUACUGUAGCAGUAUCAGAGGUGACAGCUAGAGCGGAACGCAUGGCGACAGUUCUUCUUGAUGGGAUGAAAGGUGUACCUCCAGACAAGUUUUACAUACUUGGUAGUGAGACCGUGGAGGCGAUCCUAAACGACGGGGCGGUUCUAGAUGUUGUGAUCGAUAACGGCAGUGAGACUGUCAUUAUACACGAGGAUCUGGGAGAGCGAGUUGGGUUGGGACUCGAUAGGUCAUACUUGUUCGAGAUAGAGAUGACUGAUGGGAGAAAGCAACAGAUCACCGGGGUUUGUCACAAGGCAACAAUAGAGGUCCAAGGGGUACGAGUGACCCUGCCGGUCUUUGCAGUGAAGAACUGCAGCUCUGAACUGUUCUUGGGACGGACGAGGUUGAGCCAUGUGCAUGCGGUGACGAUAGAGCGACCGGAUGGGAGCCAGUCACUGUCCAUUAAGAAGCUAGAUGGGACGCUGGUUAUGAUUGAGACGGUGGAGCCUCGAGAUCCGAGGAACAGAGCAACUCUCGCUGUAGGAGCGGGACCCAGUGAUCGGAUUAAGUCAUUACCUUUCUCCAGCCGCGCGGUGCGAUUUCGCGAGAAGAAGUACGGGCCUCUACUUACGGAAGAAGAAGGGCAGAUCGUCGAAGUGGAAGAUUUAGGAAAUCGACUGAUAAUGGAUGAAAACUCUUAUCCAAAGGAAAGGAACGAAGAAUUCGGCGGCGUGAUAUCUAUGUCUUUUUUAAGGGCACAGCCCCCCCCCCUUACGCGGAGCAACCCAAACAACACAAGCGAGUAACUCAGAAAGUUAAACGUGCUGCGGUACGUCGAGAGCGAUCUGCGCUAGAAGGAAUAUAUGAAGAGGAGAUCGCCAAAGAGAUUAA